AUGGCGCAUUCGAUAUUCAUCACACAUAUCAUCUUGUCAGCAAUCUUAAGUGACUUUCCAUACCUACUCUUGUUGGGCAUAAUUUUUUCUGUACUCUCGAAUGUGUCCUCUGUCUCGGUGAAUAGGACUAUCGAUGAUAGGCUUGGUGACCCCAUAACUGGUCUUAUGCCUAUAUAUAAUGGCAGCUGGAAUUUUGGCCCAGAGUGUCCUGUCUGUAUCGUGCUGCCAAACAUCAACAAGACGUUCGACCGGACAUGGCAUGACUGCACCGUUUAUCCUACUGACACAGCCCCUCACACUGUAUCGCUUACAUUCAACGGUACUGCUAUCUGGGUCUACUGCGUGAUCCCUAACUAUGUGGAGUAUGCAAUUACUCUGACGAACGUCAGUAUAAAUCUGGAUGGGGAGAACGUCGGUAUAUACACUCACAUCCCGGAAGAGGAUACAAGUGAGAUGAUAUAUAACGUUUCCGUGUAUACCAAUACGAACUUGGAGAACACGCUGCACACAAUCGUUCUUGAACCACUUCGCCAAACUAAUUCGUCUGUUUUUCUCUUUGACUGGGCACAGUAUACAUUCGAGUCGGACGAAUUGCCGUCGUCACAAUCUUCCAUCCCCCCCUCUACGGUUGUUACUACCUCCCCGGCUACUCCUGCACAUACUGCACGCUUAUCCUCCAAUGCCCCGGGGGUCAACAUAGCAGGCCUUGCUGCAGGUGUCACUGUCGGAGCGGUCGUUCUCCUUUUAUCGAUCGCCACAUUCCUUUACUGGCGCCGCAGAAGCGACAGGAACAAAGCUACACAGAUCAGUGUGGGUGAGUCUGUAACCCCGCUGCAAUACAAGGCACGCGCAGCUCCCAUGCGAAGCAAGGCCACACGUUCACAUCCUCGAAUGCAAGAUCCCUCGUUCACCGACUUGCACGGGAGGCUACUCUCCGAGUCGCCACACACAUCCGCCAUUUUUCGUAGCGCAGGCUCGUCCGGAGCACCCAGGGUGACGAAUCCACUAGUUGCUAAUGAAUACAGUUCUAACGAGGCGAUGUUGGAAAGGCGGGUCGAGGAUAUACAAUCAGAGCUCGACAGGCUGAGAGCAAUUGUGUCACUAGUAGCCCCAUCGGCGCCCCCUUCUUAUCGAGAUGAGUGA